UAGUCCACGCGCUGUGAACGUCGGGCGAGCUUGAACUUUUAUCCGUCAUUCAAAAAGCACGCUUUCGAUGGAAACGUGAUUCCGCGAUCUUAUGAUAAAAAACUGGCGUGGGAUGUGAGUUUUCGUGACUACACAAGGCGAGUGUAGAACGUGCGAAGACAUGAAUGGGGUUAUUCUUCUAAUCUCUUUCUCCAUUACAACCAACUUCUUUAAAGGAUCGCAAUGCCUAAAAGACGUGAAACUGAACAUAGAUCCGGCAACGGUGAAACUUUAUCACGACACCAUUCUACAUUGCACUUACGACCUAGAGGGCGCUAGUCUUUACUCGGUGAAGUGGUACCGAGGUCAAAGGGAAUUCUACAGGUAUACCCCAACAGAGUCGACAAAAGUGAAGGUGUUCGCUAUUGAAGGAUUCACCGUAGAUGGAGCGGCUUCAAACAGCACUCAGGUGUACCUGAGGAACAUCUCGGACUUCAAGCACUCUGGAAACUUCAGUUGUGAAGUGACCGCAGAUGGAAAUACGGUGUUUGAAAGACGCGACGAGCAGACCAUGCAAGUUGUACGUAAGUACGAAUUACCAGAACACGAACCAAAAAUCAGUGUUGGAAGAGAUCCUUUAGACGUGGGCGAUGUCCUCAAAGCCAAUUGCUCAUCGCCACCAUCAAAACCAAGAGCCGAAAUGACCAUGUCCCUAAACAAUUUCGUGAUAAAAAUGUCUGAUCUAUCGAAGCAAAAACCAAUUUCCCAUCCAGAUUGGAGCGACUUAAGUGUAGAAAUAAAACUAACCGAGCACUACUUCAAAGACAACGGUGACCUGAAGUUGGAAUGUGUGGCCAAAGUGGCCGGAAUCUACAGCGAUAACGCGGUUCUUUUCUUGGAGAGCGCUCGAAGACACCCCGUCCCUGAAAGAGUCAGCUACAAUAUUGCCUCCGCAAUCACCAAAAACACAGCUAUUUGUCUGAUCGGCUUCGUUUUCUCGUAUUUAGUGUUAGAUUAAAUUAGCUCUCUUAAAAUAGCUAAAAUAUAAAUGGCAAAGAAAAAAUUGUUUUUAAAAAUAAGCAUUGCUUCGCCAUAUCGUUUUAAAAAAUAAAAAAAAUAAUUUUUGAAAGGGUAACAACACUUAUUAUAUUUAGAUACCAAUAAUUUUAUACAUUGUAAAUAUUUCUACAUAAAAAAUACAAAAUAAAUGAAAAAGAAAUGUCAACUAUAUUCAAUAAUGUUAUCAAAAAAAAAAUUAAAUAAAAUAAACGUCGAAUAUUGAUUUUUUUCUUUAUGGUAAAUCAAGUCGGUUUCUUGUGAAUUCAAUUUCUUUCCAUCUAUUCAUAUUUGAAUUUCUUAAGUAACUUUGAAGUAAAAGUAACUUUAAGAGCUGAAAUUAAAAGGACUCGUCGUCUUUUUUUAAGUCGUUCCCUUUUCAAGCUGCUGCUUUCUUACGUGCCCCAUUAAGCGUUAAAGGAAAACCAAGCACUACAGGAUGACGGAUGGAAAAUGGCCUAGCACUCCACCGAAAAAGCAAGAAACCGGCAUUCUCAACACACUCAUCAGCACUUUUGUACUAUAUACGUUCGUUCGUUUUGCAUUAAAUACACGUCGGCGGCGACUACAAUUGAAAGGAAACGGUUAACUGUGAUAAUUCGAAUAAAAAUUUAAUGUAUAUGUAGAUAA